AUGUGGUGGUGGUGUUCUUCAGCUAAAGGCCGUUCGAAUCUGGAGAGGGUUCUCUUAGGCGUCACUCCUAAACCUCCUUCAUUCUCUCUUCCUCGGGAGCAGGGAAAGGAGGAGAUAGAGUAUUUCAGGCUUGGUGAUCUCUGGAACUGUUACAAUGAGCAGAGUGCGUAUGGCUUAGGUACACAGGUCGAUCUAAACAACGGCGAGAACGUGAUGCAGUACUAUGCCCCCUAUCUAUCUACCAUCCAAAUCUACACUCACAAACCUACUGCUCUGAUUUCUAGGAACCAGAAUGAGGCUGGUGAGUCUGAGAGCAGUGACUGCUGGAGCGACAGUGAGAGUGAGAAGUUGCUGUCAAGAUCAAUGAGUAACGAUUCAAAAACAUGGGAUGAGGCCUCUGAAGAUUCGGUCUUUGACUCUGAUGGUUCUCCGUCUCUGCGUGACAGACUCGGUGUCCUUGACUUCAAGUAUGUCGAGAGAGACCCUCCUUUCAAGCGUGUUCCUUUAAUAGCCAAGAUAAACCAAUUGGCUGAGAAGUAUCCAGCACUCAUGACCUUGAGGAGUGUUGACAUGUCUCCUGCAAGCUGGAUGGCUGUUUCUUGGUACCCAAUCUACACCAUACCACCAAGCAGGACUGAGAAUGAUUUGACAACAGCCUUUUUAACUUAUCAUACUCUAUCUUCCUCUUUCCAAGAUAAUGCUGUCGUGGAAGGCAAGGAAGAAGGAGCAGAGUGGUUUGAAGAAUCUUAUGUUAUGAGCAAGAGAAUCCCAUUGCUUCCAUUUGGUUUAGCUACUUACAAAAUGCAAGGAGAUCUCUGGGGGAAGACAGGGUUUGAUCAGGACCGUUUGUUUUAUCUUCAGAGAGCUGCUGAUUCGUGGCUCAAGCAGCUUAAUGCUGAUCACCAUGACUUUAACUUCUUCAUGAACUCCAACCAAUCGAGUCCUCCUCUUGCGUAUUAUCCUUCUCCAAAACCUUGA